AUGGGACCAGUUAAUUUUUGGAAGGGUAGGUCUGUCACUAAUUUGGUAAAUUGCCCAUCGCAAUAUCGUUUGAUCCACUCGUCUCCCUGUAUCCCGCGGCGGCCAAGCAACCACCGGCCCGCCUCCCUGGAUUCGCUCCUGCCGCGAGGGUUCCAGCCCGGCGCCCCCUGCAGCGGUGUGUCGCCUCCCUGGAAACCCUCCGCUGCGGUGUGUCGCCUCCCUGGAAACCCUCCGCUGCGGUGUGCCGAUCCUGCCCGAUGCCUCCCUGCCCCACCGCCCCCUGCAGCGGCUUCCCCGGUCGAGCAGCCGGUGACACCCAACACCGGCCACCAGUCCGUGGGAAAAUGGAUUAGGACCAGUGGAGGAGCUCACCUGAAGCUCGCCGGAGUAAAAAGGAAUCUCAUGAUGAUGAUUGCCAUAAAGUGUUCAUGGAUGACUUUGAUCAUAAUUGUUUUUCAGAGGGACUUCGACAAGGUGUGGCUGAUCUUUGAUUCCAUGCAAUCGAGGGAGUUCCGCAAGCUUGGAUUUAGCAGAUUUGCUUAGCUUUGCUGAUAGUGAGGUGAAGCUGGAAGCGGCCUCAUUUUGACGUUGGGUUCCCUUGGUUGGUUAGAUCGUACAAGGCAUCAUCAGCGAGCUAGAGCAGCAGGGCGUGCUGCCAAGGAGCAACUCCAGAGUUUUCCCACCUGCCACCUGCUGUGUGCCGUGGUCAGUCCACAUGAAUGCCUCUAGCUUGGUCUGCUAGUCCAGUUUGUGCUGCUUGUGGUAGAGUCCAAUGUAUUCAUCGAAACCUUAUUAUUAAGUUGCUGAAAGUAGGUGCAGGCAUCUGACUUCGAAUGUCUCUAUCCAAGUACAUGGUUUCUUGAAAAUGCUAAUUUGAAGAUGAGUAAUGAAUGCUGGUGCUUAAUGCCCUUUUCAAAAUUAAAAGGGAGGAAAGUACACUACCAACUGCA